AUGCAUUCUCGUUCAACCUGGCCCUCUAGGAUUAACUUCGAUAUCUUCCACUGUUACUUAGGGGGCUACACCGCGGAUGAAGCGGUGGAAUAUUUAAAAUCUGUUCUCGAGCAGGAUGACAGGAGCAAGUCCUUCAGCACCGCUUCACUAUCUGUGAGCAACUCCAGCCGCGUGCUGUCAGUGCCGCCCUCCCGUAACUCAUUCAACGACGGCCCUCCCCUAGAAAAAGUCGGGGAGGUGAUUGAGGAAAAGACGAAUACCACCCCCACGCCCCGCCUUGAGCAAGGAUUGGCUAAAGCGGAGGCUCUUGAAACGAACGUGGAAGUGGCACCCCGGGGUGGGUUGGUGGAGGCCGCGGGGGCUACACCAUUGGAGCAGCCCUCUAUACCCCGCGAAGUGGGCAGAAAGAAGCCCAACUCUCGGCAUGAACGUCAUACCCAUGGCCACCACCCUCAGGUCUCAUCCUAUCACCCGCACAGCGGGAGUACGAAACAUCAGAGUUUUCACGUCAAAGGCGCCCAAGAGUUGGAUGGCGUCGGCAAACAUGCUGGUGGCCGAACAGAGGAUUGGUUACUGAACUCGCUUGAGCAGGGGCUUCCCUCCCUCGCGGUUCUGGCGGUAGCGGCCGGUUAUGCGCAGGUUCAGUCGCUUUUCGAUCCCCACGGCGUCUUGAUAAAGAAGAAAUCGCAUCAUAAGCACCGGCAUACACACGGCGGCCACGCAGAGGCGGUUUCUAGUCGAAGGCACUCGGUGGAUGGCCUUUCUAUGAAAAUCCCCUUCAUGUUUGAACUUUCAUCGAACGUUUACUUUCAUUGCAAAGACUACCGCAAGUAUCUCUUUAAAUUGGAGCAAGAAAACACAGCGGAGGAGGUAAGAAAAAGUAACCCAUCUAAUUCUGUCGAGACGACGACGUUGACGCAGCUUUUGCUGGAGGAGGUUAGGGAGCAGUACGAUUUCUACCAUUACCUAACGAAAGAGAUAGAGUACGCGCUCGGUAUGCCCUACGCUUUUCUAUCCAACAACUACCUACCCAUCCCCAUCUCCGAUCGUCGGAAGCUUGUGGAGCUGUACUACACCGUCGAUCCCGCCGUCUUUCGGUAUUACUUUGGUAUGCGAACAGAGCACUUCGAGCCGAUUGUGGGCACUGAAGAGGAUCGGAAAAGCCGUGGGCUCUUCCAGAGAGGAGCGGGCCCUGUAGAAGGGAGGACUUUGGAUAAAAUGACGGCCUACCUCGCUCAAAUCUCGCCCUUCUCCCUUCAAAGGCAAUGGGAAAACAUCCAACGCGUCUGUACCUCGCUGACUGAUAUGUAUCACGGGAAGGAUAACAUGAUCAUCCCGCAGGAGGUAUCCGUAUCUGCGGCGAUCAAGCGGUGCUUUGGGGUAUCCGACAAACUCACGCUGCACUACAGCGCCGCGGUGUUUGGAUUCUAUUAUGGCCUCCGAACGCGAAUUCUCGACCGCUUCAACACCUACGAUGAUGUCUGCGCGUUGUGCAACAUCAUCACGUCGUUAUGGUGCGAUGACUCGCUUCUGUUUCUGGAUUUCCACUUCGUGGCGGGGAUGAAUCGAGUGGUGGCCUUGAUCGAGGAGCACCGCGUGCUGGCGGAGCUGCAUCAGCAGCUCUUUUCGGAAGCCAUGCGAACGCGAUGGCAGGUGCAGUUGGAUGAGGUUCAGCGCGUUAUGAUGCCGAACUCCACGGGUGAAAAAACCACCGCGGUCUCGGCUCUUAACAUCAUCAUCUCCUCCGCCCAUGGUGGUGAUUUGGAGGGGAAAAAAGGGAAGCCGGGCUCCUCAAACAUUUCAGAUGGAACGACGCAAGGGGGCUCCUCCCCGACUGCGUUCCCUCAUAAUACGGUGGAAUCCACGCCGCAAGCCUCCAUCUUCAGUCAUUCCCUCUGCUGCAAUCGAAAGUACAGUCGACGGUUUGUGUUAGAGUUUCCCCAAUUAAUUCGGCACCUCACGCGCAUGAUGGGGACCAUCGGUGGGAGUCGGAGUGUGAACGACGCGCUGGAGGUGUUUUAUCAUCGUAUUUAUGUUUAUCUCGAGUCCUUGAGCUCGCGUUUUGGGCAAGAGGGGUUGCCGUUGGGAUCGUACACCCCACAGUCGCUUACACAACCUUCUUUGAAGGAGCCGAUCCCGAAACGAUCCAUCCUGCGCUCGCAAUCGGCGUCAAGGCUCUCUUCCACCGCGCCCACCACCCCUCCCACGGAGGAGAUCACGGAGAGCUCCCUCCUUCGGCAAGCCAACCUUCGCUCCUGCGAGUCGGGUGUGCGGAAAUCCGACAACCCGUCCCUGGAAUCCUCCAAAAAGGCAGCAAUCACCCCUACUACUCUGACGAACCUGCCGAAAUCGAUGUCGAUGCCCUCCUUUGGGGUGGACUUUUUGAACCGAUCGGGCUCACCGAAGCGCAGCCUCCACAGGCUGUCGUCGGAGAGGGUUGGCAAUGCUGCAUCCGGCCCUGAGGUGAGCCGGGCUCGCGCGAUAUCCCCGCUCGCUCUGUUUUUAAACUCCUCCACGACAAAUUCGUCGGGGAAAACACCGCCCACGCAUUCCCUCCGUCCAGAGGCGCCCACGCGCCACGCGAACGGUGAUGGUACCCUUAAAAUGGGCGACAAAAUCGAAGAGGGUGGACGGCAUGGAGGGGAAGUUUUCGAAUCCAAUCAUAGAGCUCCUCCAGAUACUGCCAAUACGACGAAUGCGCCUGAUAUAUGUGGCCCUGAAUGUGUGAUGCUCAAGGCGAUCGAUAAACACCACCUGCAUGAGUUGCUGCUCCUUCUUAGCGAACUUCCCGACGCGUGGCGCCAGCUGAACUCCGUUACGGCAGGAGAUCACGCGGAGUGUGACGAGGCGUUUAAUUCUUUUGUGAUGGCACUGAAGGUUAUUACACAGAUUUUAAUUGCUGCAGAUGAUUUGCGGUGA